AUGGUAACGACCGCCCCAGUCCCACCCGGAGAGCAACCGAUUCGUAUCGCCGAAGAGAUGCGGACCUCAUAUCUGACCUAUGCGAUGAGCGUCAUCGUAGCGCGGGCACUCCCCGACGUUCGGGACGGGCUCAAACCGGUGCAGCGGCGCAUAAUGUAUGCGAUGCACGACAUGGGUAUCCGACCUGGAUCCCAAUUUCGCAAGAGCGCCCGAAUUGCUGGAGAGGUGCUGGGCAAGUUCCAUCCGCACGGCGAAGGUUCCGUAUACGACGCCCUGGUGCGGAUGGCGCAAGACUUUUCAAUGCGCUACCCGCUGAUCGGGGGCCAAGGCAAUUUUGGAAGUAUCGACGGUGACCCUCCGGCGGCUAUGCGGUAUACCGAGGCUCGUCUGGCGGCCAUAGCGGACGAACUGCUAGCCGAUAUUGACCAGAACACUGUGGACUUCGUUACCACCUUUGACGACUCUCUCACUGAACCCACGGUGCUCCCCGCGCGACUACCGAACAUGUUAGUCAAUGGGGCGUCGGGAAUAGCGGUGGGAAUGGCAACCAACAUACCCCCGCACAACCUCGGGGAGAUCUGCGACGCCCUGGUCCACCUUAUCGACAAUCCCGAUACGGCAACAGAACGGCUGAUGCGCUUCGUCAAGGGCCCGGACUUUCCGACAGGGGCCAAGGUGAGGGGCCGCAAAGGGAUAGUGGACACCUACACCACGGGCCGUGGCCGAAUCAUCAUGGAGGCCGACACCGAGUUCGAGGAGACUCGCAACAACCGCGAACAGAUCAUCGUCACCUCUCUGCCCUAUCAGGUUAACAAGGCCACUCUGAUCGAGAGAAUAGCUGCCCUUGCUCGUGAGAAGAAGAUCGACGGUAUCUCCGACAUACGCGACGAGUCGGACCGGCGAGGGAUGCGCAUAGUCAUCGAGUUGCGCCGGGACGCCCAGCCCCGUGUUGUACUGAACAACCUGAUGCGACAGACGGCGCUGCGGUCUUCAUUCAACUCCAUAGUGCUGGCCCUUGUGGACGGUCAGCCCCAGGUACUGCCCCUUCGCCGCUGCCUUGAACUGUUCAUCCAGCAUCGCCAGGAGGUCAUCCGGCGGCGGUCCGAAUACCAGCUGCAACGGGCCCGAGACCGUGAUCAUAUUGUGCAGGGGCUGCUGCUGGCCCUGGACCGGAUCGACGAAGUUAUAGAAAUCAUUCGCAGCUCAGCCGAUGUUGAGGAAUCGCGAAACAACCUGAUGCAGCGUCUGGACCUUUCGGAAGUCCAGGCCCAAGCCAUCUUGGAUAUGCAGUUGCGUCGCUUGGCUGCCCUUGAGCGUGAGCGUCUCCAGAACGAGCACCAAGAGCUGCUGCAGAGGAUAGCGGAACUAGAGGCCCUGCUUGGCGACCCGGAAAAAAUUCUGUCCGAAAUCAAGUCCGAAACGCGAGAGCUUAAGAAGUCGUUCAACAACCCACGCCGGACGGUGAUCUUUGAUGAGGAGGUCGGCGAGGAAACACCAGAGUCCCUCAUACCCCAAGAAGAUGCGAUGAUCACCCUGAGCCAGCGCGGGUACGUGAAGCGGGUGCCGCCAAACACCUUCCGUCAGCAAAACCGAGGCGGCAAGGGCGUUCGUGGAAUGACUACCCGGGAAGGCGACGCCAUUCUCGACCUUGUAGUGGUCGACACUCACAGCACGUUGUUCUUUUUCACCAACAGGGGUCGCGUCUACCCCCUACGGGCCUUCCAGAUUCCAGGCGAUGCCUCUCGCACGUCGCGGGGCGUCCUGCUCUCGAACCUGCUUCCGCUGCAGAGAAACGAGCAGGUUCAAGCCAUGCUGCUCAUCGCAAACCCGAACGACGACUACCCACUCCUGCUUGCCACGCUGAAGGGGCAGAUCAAAUCGCUCAAGACCGGUGAGUUGACCAACAUUCGCCCUUCGGGGUUGAUAGUGAUGAACCUCGCAUCGGACGACGAGCUUGUGUCCGUGGCGCAGGUCGGAGACGCCAAGGACGCCAUGAUGGUAUCCGAGCGCGGCCAGGCCAUUCGAUUCGCCAUCGACGACCUGACACCCCGCUCCCGAACCGCCGGAGGAGUUCGUGGCAUUCGGCUGAUAGGGGACGACAGGGUCAUAUUCAUGGGCGUCGUGACUACAAACAGCCAGCUGCUGGUGGUCAGUCAACGCGGGUACGGCAAGAUGACGGCCACGUCCAGCUACCGUUCCACCGGACGCGGCGGACAGGGUGUUCGCACAUUCCAGUUGACGGAAAAGUCCGGUCCCCUUGCGGCGGCGCGGAUAGUCAACGACCCUGAGAAUCAGGAGAUGCUGAUCAUUUCGGCAUUGGCGCAAGUAGUCAGAAUCAGCACAGAAGAUGUGCGGGAGACAGGACGCAUCGCACAAGGGGUCAUCCUCUGGAAAGAACGUGGAUCCGACGACCAGGUGGCGUCCAUCGCGAUCUUCCAGGAGACAGACCGAAACGGCGAGGCUGCCCCUCCGGCCAAUGGGCAUCGCCGCAAUGGUCGCGCCAGCACCAACGGACACGAACCUGAAACGCAGAUCGACGACGAGGACGGGCAGGAAGACGAGGUGGACGAAUAA